AUGUCGCUCGAUCCCCCGACAUACUUGGCAUCGCUACAGAACAACAUCCGCCAGAGGCCCAUCCCCUGGGAUGGCGCUGUCCGCGCCGGCACCCUGACCGACGACCAGCUCGCCCGUAUCCGCGCCGUCGACAAGGUCAAGAGGGAAGUCCGCCAGGAGAAGGUCGAGGCCGACCUCGACGGCUACCGCGUCCUCUUUGUCGGCGACGAGCACACCCCGAGCGUCCUCGAGUCGGCAGGCAAGAGGCAAGAUGUCGUCCAGUACAUCCUCGUCCUUCUGAGGGAUUUGCUAGGGUCCGUUCCCGCAUUGGCAAAAGCUCUCUACAAGAACCCAGAUCCGUACAAACCCCUCCUACCGCUCCUCGCACCCCCGUCCAACGCAGAUGUCCCCAUACCGCUGCUCGCCUCCACCGUCAUCACGGCCAUCAUGUCCGGCUCCAAGGAUGAGUCCGACACCACCGUCCAAAAGGCUCUUCCCGUGAUGCUGAGCUACCUAUCCUCCCUUACCAAGGACUCCGACCCCGGUCUACAAGACAUCGGCGUUCAAGAGUACUCUAAUCUGCUUUAUGGGCGAGCCGUACGGCGGCAAUUCUGGGCCCAGCGGAGCGAGACAAUCGCCCCCCUGAUAGACAUUCUCCGGUCCGCUGCCGGUGUCGGAAACGGUGAUGUUGCGGCCAAUCUGUGGAGCGGCACCUCGACCACUGGCAGGAGCACUGGCUUCGAGGGCUCUCUAUCGGGAGGUGUUGGUCUACAAUUGCUCUACCAUGUCCUCCUGGUGAUGUGGCAGCUGUCCUUUGAGGCCGAGGCCAUAGGCGAUGAUCUCAAUGACGAGUUCGACAUUAUCCUCCUUUAUACCCAGCUGCUCCGCCUAUCACCCAAGGAGAAGACCACCCGGCUCCUGGUCUCCACCCUCUACAACCUCCUCGACGCCAACCGCGACACGCUCCUCCCCACCGCCGUCCUGGCCCGCCUGCCGGUGCACCUGUCCAACAUGUCGUCGCGGCACCUGACGGACCCGGACCUGCAGGAGGACACGCAGAAGCUCAAGGAGAUGCUCGACGAGUACACGACCACCAAGACGACCUUUGACGAGUACGUCGCCGAGGUGCGCUCGGGCCACCUGCGCUGGUCCCCUCCGCACCGGUCCACCGUCUUCUGGGCCGAGAACGCGCGGCGGAUCCUCGAGCACGACAACGGCGACAUACCGCGGCGCAUCGCCGACAUCAUGGCCAAGCCCUGGGAGUCGGACAAGGCGGUCCUGGCCAUCGCGUGCAACGACGUCGGCGCCCUGGUCAAGGAGGUGCCCGAGCGGCGGGCGCAGCUCGAGAGGCUCGGGCUCAAGACGCGCGUCAUGGAGCUCAUGGGCGAGGCGGACGAGAGCGUGCGGUGGGAGAGCCUCAAGGCGCUGGGCGGUUGGCUCAAGUAUAGCUUUGAUACCAAGUGA